UUUGAUCAGCCGGACGACUGUUGUUUAUUUUCGUCAUCGCGUUUUCGUUGUAAAAUCCGCCCGUUUUAUAACGCAAUUUUCGGAUUUUUCGCGAUCCCGUAUCGGCAACAGAACCGAAAAUGAGUGGUGUUUUAGCUCGUCGAGUGAUGCGUAAAAUUUCGGUUUCAAGUUUCGCAUGCGUGCGAUGGUUUCCGGUGCAAACGGGUCGAUCUUUUAGCGUUGCAGCAAACGAAAAACAAACGACUACCGACAAACCGGAAGAAUAUUACGAUGUGAUAAUCGCGGGUGGUGGCAUGGUCGGGACCACAUUGGCCUGUGCCCUCGGGAAAAAUUCACGUUUAUCAGACAGAAAAAUCCUCCUCCUUGAGGCCGCCAAAUCCGGUUUUAAACCACCCGCGUCGGGAUUCUUCAGCAAUCGGGUAUCGGCCCUAAGCCAUGGUACCCAGCGCCUUAUGCAAUCGAUCGGUGCCUGGCAGCAGAUCGAAUCGGUCCGGGCCAAACCGGUACUCAAAAUGCAGGUCUGGGAUGCGUGUUCCGAUGCCUUGAUCACCUUCAACUACGAUGAUCUGUCCGAGAACAUUGCCUGGAUUGUGGAGAAUGAUGUGCUGCUGGGCAGUGUUUAUCAGCAGCUGGAGCAAGUGAAAAACGUGGAAAUCCGUUACGGUGCCAAGGUUGAGGAGUGUGUGCUAAUGCGAGAUGGGGCAAAUAGGAGUAAAGUUAGGCUGAGCAACGGUGAUCUGGUGGGAUGUGAGCUUCUGAUUGGUGCCGAUGGGUACAACUCACUGGUCCGCCGGGCGAUGGGUUCGGACAACUUUUCGAUCGGAUACAACCAGAUGGGACUGGUGGCCACCCUGAAGCUGGACCCCACCGGAAGCAGUGGCAAUGCAACGGCCUGGCAACGUUUUCUGCCAACGGGCCCAAUUGCAAUGCUUCCGCUGGCCGACGAUGUCAGUUCGAUGGUGUGGUCCACCAGUGUGCCGGAAGCUAAACGGUUGAUGCAGCUGGACGAGAAGGCUUUCGUGGCCGAAGUCAAUGCAGCUUUUAACAAACAAUACCCCAAAAAUAACGUUGUCAGUGAGGUCCUCAAACAGGUCAACUCCUUUGUAUCGGCGGCAACGGGUCAAAAGCUAGAGCCGGCUCCGAUGGUCCAGGGUAUCUUCGAGAACUCCCGGGGAGCCUUUCCGCUAGCUUUGGGGCACACCAGUACUUAUGUAGGCCAAGGCGUUUGUUUGGUUGGAGACGCCGCUCAUCGAGUGCACCCGCUGGCCGGACAGGGCGUCAACUUGGGCUUCGGGGAUGUCCAGUGCUUGACCAAUGUUCUCGGUGAAGCGAACUACAGCGGCCUAGGGCUGAACAACCUGUCGCAGCUGGUCCGCUACGAACAGGAACGGCUGAAACAUAACGUGCCGGUUCUGGCGACGGUUCACGGCCUGCAGCGACUCUACAAUACCGAUUUCCCACCGAUCGUUGGAUUGCGUAGCGUUGGACUUACCAUUACCAAUGCCCUGCCCGUUGUGAAGAAAUUCCUUAUGAACAGAGCGAUGUCGUAAAUGUUUUCGAAUUUAAACUUUAUUUGUGAAUUAGGUAUUUCGUAUCAUUCAAAAGAACAAAAGAUGCUGCACCUCAAUGCAGAUUGUCGGUACCUGUAGACGUCCAUUUCCUCGAAUUAAUAAUGGGCAGUCAACCAAUACACACCAGGUGCAAUAAAACAUGCUGAUGAGGCAAUCAACUGUACAACAAAAAAUCAAAAUGUUUUACCGCCAUUUCUCACCCUGGGUGGUCACUGUGGCUGACAUCAUUAAUAAUUUAUCUUGUGAAGUAAGAGCGCUGUUGCAGUUCUGUUUUCGCAAAUGAUGGCGCCUACCCUCAUGUGAUAGCUGAUGUUUUAUGUUAAGUGCCGAGAAAGACACGUUUCAUUUUCGGUUGUUGAUUUGUUGUACUACCUGCUAUUUCUUUAUGGCCUUUUAUCGUUCGUUGUCAGUGAACUCUUGGCAAGUAAAUUAGUCAUUGAUA